GUCACUGUGUUUCUGCUUGGUGAUUCGACCAGGAUGAGACGGAACGCUUGACUGGAGUUUUAUUCCCCCGGCGCGCUGGAGUUUGUGGGGUUCCGGUGGCCACUUUGCUGGUGACCAGUGUGCACUGAAGGAUGUGACACUGGGCCUCUGCAGCUGAAGGAGCAUCCCGCUGUAGCCAGCAUAGCACACCUGGAGGUCAGUGCAUUGGAGAGAGGGGAGAUGAAGGAUGAGGAAGAGUGUGAUCUGCGUGAGCUGAGCUUCACCCCUGUCCAUGCCCCUGUGAUUGCCCUGGGAACACAUGUAGCAGGCUCCAGUAGGAAGAGCUCUCGCCGCUCCCUGGCUCAUCUUUUCUCCUCCCGCUUCCCGGAAAUCCGCGACGGGCUUAACCAGGUUGCUGAGGUGCUCGACCCCUCUGAGGCAGUGAACUUCGACCCCCAGAGGGAAGAGGCAGACCCGCUCCAGGCUAACACUCUCAUCCUGCAGUUCCUCGCUUUCACCAGGCUCCCUCAGGCGGGCGUAGGGAUGGGAUGGCCAAGCUGUGUUCACUUCACCUUCCAGCUGUACCGCUUCCCCCCGGUGAGCUCUCAGCCACUGCGGUUGGUGGAGGCCGAGGGCUGGCACGGGCCCGCCGACCCCUGUGUCCUCUUGCCUGUCAACGCCGGCGGUGCACCCCGCCUAGGUGCUCCUGGGCUGCAGCUUCAGUACUGCGUGGAUCCCACGACCCUGAAGCCAGGUGAGCGUGUGUGGUUCCUGCGCUACCUCGCCCUGCACUCACUGCACAUCGACGUGUGGGACAGUGACUCGCUGCUGCUGAUUGGCUCUGCCGCUGUUGAGCUGAAGCACGUGUUGCGUCAGGGCCGGCCCGCCGUGCAGGUGUGCCACGAGUUGGAGAUCAUCACCACAGAGUACCUGCAGGACAUCGCCGUGGCUACCGGGCAGGCUGCUGCUGUCAGCGUCUACACCACUGUCAAAGGCAGACUGCACAUGCGACUGGGCAACAUCGGUAGCAUGGUGCAGGCCACGCCCAGCCCCGUGACCCUGCUCCCACCAUCACGCUCUUCCGUCGUCUGGCCAGGCCCGACAGCCGGGGGUUUCCAGGGAGGCAGCCUCUCCGCACACGCCGUCCUCGGCCUCCAAGCACGGAACACGAGGACGAGGCGGGCACAGCGACUUCCGGAGAUUGAUGGCGAGCUUGCCAGCCUGCUGCAGAGCCGGAUAAGAGAAGUGGGCAGGGCGCUGUCGCAGGUGCGGGGCGAGACAGAGGAAGUGCGUCAGCGGAAGAUGGACAGGAUGGCAGCUGUCCAUCAGCAGGAGAACACCACGCCCACCAGACAAGACAAAACAACCUCCGUGUCUCAGCAGAGGAGAGAGGAGCGGGUGCGCCAUGCUGCUGAUCUGCAUGUGAUCGAGGUGUAUCGCGAGCGUUGUAAGGCAGAGGGCAUCACUACCAUGCUGAGUCAGGCCAUCACUGCCACACAUACGCUCUAUGCCACCCUGGCCACUGCAGAGUUCUUCGAGUUCGUGCUCAAGAACCCUUUCAAUGUUCCGCAGACGGUCACCAUCGAGUGCGACGACCCAGAGCUCAGUAUCAUAGUAAAGGCUGAGGAGUGGAGGUAUUUUAAGGACUUGACUAAGACCUCCACACCGUUAGAGGCGGAGAUGUUUCACCUGAAGGGGAGUGGCUCUGCUCCGCAGCUCUACCUGCGGCCCAAAGAAAGCGUUCACAUCCCACUCAAGUACCAGACCUUCCUCUCUGGCCUUAGCUGGCCCUCCAAGGACACGAGCAGUUUGAAGAAGGCUGAGAGUGCACAGUAUACCUCCAAACAGCAGUCCAACACAAUUCUGGCCAAGUCCAUAAGGGCCAUCUUCCGAGCAGAGGACGGCCAGCCCCUGGCCAUCUGCCAGGUGAGGGUGGAGCCCACCCCCCACGUGGUUGACCAGACCUUCCGAUUCUACCAGCCCGAGCUCAACUUCCUUAAGAAAGCCAUCCGGCUUCCUCCUGCCGCAGCUAGCAGGGCAGAUGGUCACGCCAGCCUCCAUGUGCGCUGCAGCGACCCCAGUGUCAUCUGCCACGCCUCCAGCGCGGCUCCAGGAGAACCUCAGGACAUUUAUCUGAAAGUGCCGGGGGCUCCCAGCCCACAGAUCAAGAAAUUCUUCAUCACUGUGUUCACGGACCCCUGGCUUGCCUCCCCUGCUCAGAUCUGGCAGGUAUAUGUGCACUAUCUGCAAAGGCUGGACGUGAGCUGUGUGUGUGGCACACGGAGUUGGCACUCACUGGUGCUGCGUGGCACGCAGACCAUCCGCAAGGUCCAAUGCUACACGUCCCACCCCCUGGACCUCCAGGUGGACCCAGGUGAAGUGUUCGCCCUUCCCGCCCUGGCUGUGCAAGACAUCCGCCUGGGAGUGCGGCUCCUUCGCUCGGGGGCAUCCUUCCGCUACGUCACCGCCGUGGACGUGGACACGCGGCAGCUCGUGGCCGCCUGGCUCCUGAGCAUCACCUGCAGGCAGCCUGUUGUAUCGCGGGCGUUUGAGAUCCGAGUGCCCGUUGGAGAAGGCAGAGGCAGCACUAAGAAACUGAGCUUCACCAACCCCUACUCCUCAAGCAGAGAAUUCCGGCUGUGCUCUGAUCACCCCGACCUGCUGCAGUUCAAAGAGGAGCACUUUCAGGUCGAGGGAGGGGAGAGCUAUAGCAUCGGUCUGCGCUUUGCUCCCAGCCAGAGCCCCGGCACUCAGGAGAUCCUCAUCUUCAUCAAUGACGUGGAGGAGAAGAAUGAGGAGACAUACUGCAUCAGGGUUGUCUACAGAUAACUCCGGCAGGCUGCAGCGUGGAGCUUCACUGUAGCAACAUCUUGUACAGAUAACCUCCCUUCAGAAUGAAUGGGGUUUCUUUCUGUAUGAUAUACAUUCAAAUUAACUCUUUUUGUUUGAUGGAGGUUUGUUACGGAUAACUGUUUAAAUAUAUGACUUUAUAUAGCAUAACAAGGCAAGCAGAACUGUGACUUUCCUGGUGCACCUGAACUAACACCAGAUUGGGUGAAAUUGGAGCUUUUAUAAGUAGUGAAUGCCAAAAAGCAGUCCCUUCAGAAGCCUCGAACCCUACAGCUAAAGAAUUGCUGUCUUGGUGGAUUGGUCUGAGCCUCAGCCUGUUCCGCCUGCUGGAGGUUUGCUUCUCCUCCCCUAACCACACCAGCAGCUUUCUGUGGAGACUGUGCACUACUUCUUUGGAGAGCUUUUUCUAGUGAGAAUAAAUAUUGGGAGCAGCUUAUAUAGAGAAAGUGUUUUUCACUACAAAUCAGUAACUUGAUCUCUAAUGUCUCUAGAAGUUCCUCUACAGAGGUUUCAGGCUUCUUCCUAUGGAGAUCAAGGGCUUUUUCUCUAGAGAUCAAACACUGUCCCCCCACCCCCCCAGGACUGUGAGGCCCCUGUCUGUUGAGAUGUCUUUCCCUGUGGAGCAAGGCCUCUUCUAUGGCGAUGAAGUGUUUUCCCCAUAGACAUGAAGGCCUUGCUGUAAAGUAACCUAAACCAAACACUCCCUCCUUUUUCUCUAGUGUACUUUCUCACUAAGAAGCAACGGUCUUUUGUGCCGGCCGGGAGCAGUCACGCCACGUGUUCUGCCUAGUUAGCACGGCGCUAAUCCUGCUGGGCCGGGCGGGCUGUCUGCACAGCCUCGCAGGCCUGCUGGGAGCAAGUGGCUCCUGUAUGGAGGGGAGCAGGGCUCUCGGCAGGGGCCCCGUCCCGUCUCUGCUCGGCACAGGCCUCGGGUCUCUUUAGCUCUGCGCCAGACCUCCCGCGACGGAGCGGAGAGACGCCUGCCCCCAAGACUCUUCCAGCGCUGUACUCGCGCGCGCGCGCGCACACACACACACAGCGGGGCGAGCGCGCUGACAAGGUAGCGGGGGACAGCCUUGACUUGCUCUUACUGCAAAUACACACGCGUGUAACUCCAGGAUAAAUCACAGCCCAAAUUAGACCAGCGCUUUGCGCCAUUAUAAGACGUUGGACAGCACUGGAUUCCAUCUGCCAUUAAGUGCUAGCUUUAAAGGAUGCAGAACCAGUGUAAUAAAUGGCUGUUAUUUAUAGCUGAACACCCGGGGCUUGUGAAGAACCUAUGAUCCUGAUGGAAGAACACCUGUACAGUGUGGAGUACUGAGUGUGGUUGCAGCGUGACAGACUACCAGUCUGUACUUGACAAUGUCCUUUUUAUUGAAAAGCAUCAUUAAUCCUGCCGAAGUGCUUUUGUUACCUUUUUGAGGGUGGUUGGGGUGGAUUAAUAUUUGUUCUUCCAGACAUACUGUAGAGGGAUGGUAUAGCAUGUCUAUAUACUAGUCCUGUAAAGAACACAUACAGAGGCGUACGCGCUACAGCAGAUUAGGAGUAUGAACUGUGGCAUGCUCAUACGUCUGAUGCAAAUGAAUUUACAUUAAGGUUUUCUUUUUUUCUUUUCUCUUCAUUUCCUGUUAUGACACUGGCUAUGUUCUGCCAUCCCAGAAGCAUAUCCCUCACAUUCCUACAAUGGCUCAUUUUUUUUCUGUGUUUUUUAGUGAAUUAAUCUGUAUGUUUGUUUAAUUUUUUUUUUAAUUUUUUUUUUUACAUGAAAAUUCGAGUGUUAUUGUCUGCAGCUCCUGCCAUGUAAAACAGUCUCUUCAGUCAGAGCUACUGACAGACGUCAGGGAAAGCUUUAGCGUGUGUGUGUGUGUGUGUGUGUGUGUGUGUGUUUGUGCUCGCAAGCAUGUAUGAGUCUCUUAAUUAAAGUGUAUCACAUUAAAGAGAAAAACAGUGGCGGUGCUGCUCUCAUCAGCGGGGCCGUUUCAAAGCCGCUGCUCGCUGUGGAGACCGAGGCACUUCCAUAUACAAGAAGCUUCAUCUGGAUGCACUGCACACACCACAAACAGAGGGAGCGAGAGAGGUGUCUGCUCUAGUCUGACCUGGAAUACCAGCAGGAGCUUCAGAAUCAGUGGUGCUAAAUUGCCAUUAAUAACUCCUAAAAAUUAUGCACCAUUAUUCUGUCUCCUGUCCUCUCCCAUCCUCUCGUGUUCUCUCCUCUUCUCUAAGUUGGCCCUACAGAACCAGAAUUGAUAGAGACAGUAGUGCCAUUAGUACUAGCAUGUACAGUAGUAUCUAUAGUGUGUUUGAUGCAGCAGGAGUUGCUGGGCUACAAAAGAGGAAUACAGUGUAUACUGUAGUAUUGUAACAGCAAUACUGUAACUUUAACUUUAUGAAAAAUACUUCUCACUGUUAAUGUACAUCAUAGACUGUGUGUGUGUGUGUGUGUGUGUGUGUGUGUGUGUGUGUGUGUGUGUGCGCGCGCACACGCACACAUGUUUGUGCACUGGGCUAUAAUGCUGUAGGCGACAUUUAGUUUGGGAGGUCUGUGGUUGGGCCUGACUAGACUCUCAGGAGCAGGGGAGGGUAUGCUUCACAAUGAGCAGGAACAAGCGAUCACGGGCUUUCUGAAAACAUGUCAUCUGCCUCCAAGCCGUAGGUCUGACAGCUCUCCAGCCAGCUCUGCAAAAUACAAGACCAUUUCACUCUCUGCAGGGGGUUGCUUGUUUGUUUCUGCUUUGAUUGUUGGUUGAUAUGUGAGAAACUAUAAGAACAAAUGAGGAAGUGCAUGUUUGGCACGAGUCUCAGAUAGGUGUAAAAGACAAGGUUAAAAGAACAGCCCUGAGGAUUAGAGCUCUGUCUCUGUCAUGCUCUCUGGCUUUGUCUGUCUGUCUCUCUCUCUCACACACACACACACACACACACUGAGGCUGCACAGCAGUAAUCCCAGUGGUGGUUUAAUGAGCAGAACUGGGCAACAUAUGGAGUAUGUAUGCAGCCAGCUCUGGGCUUCAUCAUCAGCAUCACUGCUGUAUGUCUGCUUAUCUCCCUCACUCUUCCUCACCCCCCCCCCCCCCCAUCAUAAACUUACAAUGGAAAGAAGAGACUAACACCACAAGAUGGAGACCAGUGUGUUCUUCCUUUCUUUUAUGGUUGUGUAAGGCAUGUUGGAAUGGAAUGUCUUUUGGAAUUUAACAUGAUGUUUUGUCUUUCAACUUAUUUUUCUGUUAUCCUGUGAUCAUUAUCAUCAUUAUUUUGUUGUUUUCUUGUUUGUCUGUUGUUUUCUUUUUUAUUGAAGAGCAAAAAAAAACAAAAACGUUAUUUAUAGUUCACACAUCUACAUUUAUCCAAAGUGACUUACAAUUAUGACUGAGUACAACUUGAGCAAUUGAAGGUUAAGGGUGGCACCUUGGCAGU